AUGAUUGAAGAGGAAGAAACUAAACUUAGGAAACAGUUGAUUGCGCCGAACGGAACGAUUCUUCGAGAAGCCCCACUUCUUAUCGGCCCCAAGCAAGUCUCUGCGCCAUUGUGCCUCGGUUGUCAUUUGCACACUGCAGAACUGAUGCCCUGCUCCCGAUGCGGCUGGCCCGUUUGCAGCCCGGCCUGCGCAGCGUCUAGAAACCACUUGCCAGAAUGCACCCUCAGUUCCAGAUGCCGACGAACGAAGCUCGACCCAGCUAAACUGUCAUCGUCUCCUUACAUGCUCGGCUGUAUCAUCGUGCUCAGAGCCUUGUAUUUGAAGGAAACCAACGCGGAAGCCUGGAAACAGUUGAUGAGUUUGCAGAGCCACUCGGCAGCGAGGCGAGUGAUGGACAAGCACGACUUGGACUCGGUGAACGUUGUGGCUUUCAUCAGGGAUUUCCUGAGGCUCCGCGACUACGACUCGGAUUUGAUGGACGAGAUAAUCGGCAUAGUGGACACGAAUGCUUUCGUUGUUCCGCGAAUGGACAUUUGCGCGAUUUAUCACAGGGCAUCCAUGGCAGAACACAGCUGCUUGUUCAACACUGUUCAGACUUUCGACGAGGACCUGGUGCUGACUUUGAAGGCUGUGCGCGAAAUCAAGCCCGGGGAACCCGUGACUAUUUGCUACACGGACCCGUUGUGGGGAACCCGCAACCGAAGGUUUCACUUGGCAGAAACGAAGCUUUUUGACUGCUUGUGCGAAAGGUGUCGGGAUCCGUUUGAGUUGGGCACGAACCUGAGCUCGUUGAAGUGUAGCAAAUGUGCAAAGGGGAGUUUGGUGAAUGUGACACCCCUGGUGGAGCCGGGGAAAUGGGCUUGUGUUUGUGGACAUGAGGUUACUUGGCUCGAGGCUGAACGGGUUCUGGGGAAGUUUGGGGAGAGGCUGAGCAAGCUGGAGGACAAGGUUGGCAAGUGCGAGGCCUUCAUCGAAGACUGCCUGAGUGCCGGUGUGAGAUAUUUGUUUCCAGUGAUGUCUGUUACCAAAGUGCAACUAUUUUAUGACGUCCUCUCGCCAUACUCAUGGUUUGCAUUAGAAACCAUAUGCCGUUAUCGAACCCUAUGGAACAUGAGUCUGGAAAUGAAGCCUGCUUUGUUGAGUGCUGUUGUUUCCAAAGCUGGGAACAGUCCUCCAGGUUUAGUGCCAAAUAAAAUGAAGUACAUGUGUCAGGACUUGCUUAUCGGUGCUGAAUAUUUUGAUGUUCCUUUGAAAUUGAUUUCUGAUCCUUCCACUACAUUUUUCCAAAAGGGGUCCAUGAGACCGAUGAGAUUUUUGACUGCGAUUUAUAAAGAAUCGCCUGAAAAACUGGAAAGUGUUUCGAGGCAGCUUUGGAUGCGCAUUUGGAGUCGGGAUGAAGAUAUGGUUGCCCCCGAAAGCAUAGCUGCAGCUGGGAAAGCAGCUGGUUUGUCUGAUGAGGAGGUGCAACGAUAUCUUGCAGCAACUGAAACUGACGCUGUGAAAGAGGCUUUGAAGGAUUCAGUUGCCGAAGUUUUGGAUGCGGGAGGUUUUGGGUUACCCUUCUUUAUUGUCGGAGAAGGAAGCGAAAGGAAAAUAUUUUUUGGAUCCGACCGCUUCCCCCAGAUGGCGUUUGUGAUGGGAGAAUCAUGGCGUGGUCCAGUUCCAUUGCGCGGUCGAGAAGUGGAUGGGAAAUUGUGACUUUUUGGUAAGAAUCGGAAAUUUCUUGAACUUCGCAUCAAACGAACAAAAUAAAUGCGUCAUCGUAUGAUCCAUGGUUUCUGAAUGUUGCUCGGUACUUGUUCCUGCGGUGUCUCCUUUUGUUUCGGGGUCAGCGAAUUUAUUUUGAAGCCAUUCGAUGUGGGUAUAAUCUUACGGAGGAAAAAUUUUGGGACUUAAAAAAAAACAGAUUUAACUGUCCAUUAUCUGGUGACGUACUCGUGCUAAAAUUAAUUUCAGUUUGAGUCAUAAUGGAUAAGGUUAUAUAACUGAAGUACUGUAUGUAUUCCUGUAGUAGUUCGCGUUGAAAAAUUACUCUUGUUCACAUGGUUGGUCCGUAAGUUGACAAGAUACUAUUAUUGAUUUUUCCAAGUAAAGUUAUUGUUGUUGGAAGUCUUGGAACUUCACUAAUUUUUCGAUUUUGUUCAAUGCGAUAAAUAUUUCACACUGCUGACUGGAAAGGCCUCACGGCUCCGUUAAUGAAGAGUUCAGCAAUCACGGUAGUCUACCCGAAAAUGCUUAAUCUAGCGCCGAGGGACAUAGGAAAGAGGGGUGGCUAAAUUUCGUUCGAAAAUUCUUUCCUGGUCAAUAUUUUUUAAUCGCAGGGUAUUUCGGAGGAUAUCGGGUUUCCUUCUAUGGUCAUGAAUUCUUUUCUAGACGAGGCGCCUCAGUGUGCUUAUACUGAUACCUGCGCGUGGAGAUGUGCAGUACAUUUUUUGGAACGGA